GUAUAUAUAUAUAUAUAUAUAUAUAUAGUUCGCAAACGUUUCACUUUGUGUUCCAGGAAGUACAGCCAACCGUUAAACCGAUCCCCGAAAACACAACGGUGUCGAACAACGAGACAACGAACUCGGAGCCGGGUUCCAAGUUGGGUCAGAGCAACGUCGAGAAGCUCGCGUCCGCUCUGAACAACAAAGUCACCAUCAAAGUGAACCCGGAACAUAAUAAUCGAUAAAAAAAAAAAAGUUAGCUUUCGUUUAAAUAAAAUAAACAAGAAAAAAAGAAGAAAAAAGAAAAAAGGAAAAAAAAAAAAAAGAAAAUAAGUCGAAACAAAUCGUUUUCUAGGAGUCCACCAUGUACCUCUGCCACUUUGUACAUUUUUGCACGCUCUUUCAACUUACAUCGACUUUUUAUUAUUAUUCUAGAUUGAAAAAGCGCUCCCCCUAUUGGCGAGCUUCUUUUUUACUUGUCUUUUACCUGUAUGUCUUUUUUUACAUGUUAUUUAUUAUCGUACUGUAGCGAGUAAGGAGUAAAAGAAAAAAAAAAAAAGAAACAAAAGAAAAAAAACGAAGAAAAAAAAAGAAAAAAAAAGAUAAAAAAAAGGAAAAAAAAAAUAAAGCUAAAGUACUCUUAAUUAACCGAAACGACAGGCACUGCGACACCUUUUACCACGUAGGCCCGAGUCUAUAAAAGAAACUUAGUCCCCCUCCGUCGCCGACUAAUGUACAGGUCGCGAGACUCGAUGGAGGCAUUGAAUUGAAAAAAAUAAAAACGAUGAUACCCAAUGGAAUUAGAUCGUUUCUUCGCUUCCACCCCUUUCAAAGUGAUCCUAAAGUUAAAGUAUCGUGAAAAAAAAAAAAAAAGAAGAAGAAAGAAAAAAACUAAUAUCGUCUAUGAUAUAAAGUUGACAACUUUGCUUCGAUCGAUGCUUCACUUUUGCGACAACUUCAAAGCUAAUAUCGUCAACGAUGCUUUGAAAAAAAAUUACAUGCAAACACGCCCUCUAACAAAAGUGAUCGGCUUACAUCACACUUUGUAACUUCGUUCGGAAGUUAUUAACCUCUCGCGAGCGGAAUCGUGGCACAAAUCCGAUGGUCGUGUCAAAAAAAAAUUAACCGGUCGUGUAACGAAUCUUGUAUCACAUAUGAAUAAAAAUUCGACUCGAUGCACCAAACAUAUAAAAUCAAAUCUCGUCGUCGCACGAGGAACCCCGAGGUGGACCAAAACAGGAUUAAAAAAUUAUUGGCCUCCGAGUAUUCAGACUUCUCCGAUGUUAUCCUCGUGGAAUCCCCGUUCGCCGAAACGACGAGAAACGGUCGUGGAAUUCGACAAGUUUCCCUCGCUCUCACGCCAUCAAAAUUAAUCGUUGCUGCCGACGUUUUCAACGAGAAAUCGCAAUUCUUCUGCCCACGUACCCUCGAUCCCAGCAUCGAAUGUUUCGAGCUUAUUUCAGUGUAUCCUUUACGAUGCGUCAACCUGAGCAUAUUCAGCAGAAGACGUCGAAAAACCUUAAAGGCAAGGUAGACAUUUCCUGAGAGGAGGAAUAAAAAAAAA